AUGGGUGAUGGGCAGGGCUACGGGGGGCCACAGGCGACGACCGAUGGGCGCAGGGUGGCCGGUAGGGGGCCGAGAGGCAGGGGCCGCAACGACGGCGAGGCCGAGGAGAGCAGCAACACCGGGAAGAGAAGGUUGUCGAUGGGAAUAGAAGCCGGGGCUGGCAGGGGCCGAGACCCAAGGCAGACAGGGGGCCAGACGGCAGGGCCUACAACAAGGUCAGCGAGAAGCUCUGGGCCGGAGGGUUGUGGUGUCGGCGGAGAGGUCGACGGCCAGUGGACUGCUGGCGGUGGAAGGCAUCGGGACCAGUCUGUAGUAGCGGUAGCCGGCGAGAGUGGUCGGGCCAGUGGGGGGAGCAGCGGUGACGGUCGAGGAGUUGCGGGGGCCGGCGAUGAUGGUCGGCGACCGGGAGCAAGGUGCACAGCGGCAACGGGAGGAGAUACGGCAACAGCGGCAGUACAAACGGUGGUCCUGCACAAAGUUGCAAAGAAACCCUGCGGAGUACGAAGAUCACGGGUUUACAAGUGUUUUUCAGAGUUGGAAUUUGAUGGUGACAGGUACACAGGUUGUUCUCAGUUUGAGGACAUAGUUGAACAUGGUUUGAGACUUGGAGUUUCAUGUGGGUGA